AAGGUAUUGGAGGAAGGUCUUCUUCCAAUUUGGGAUCUAACAAGGCGAUUUCAACAGGAUAACGCAAGAAUCCACAACUUUGGAGGCACGCCGGAAUGGCUUCAAGUCCACGGCAUUGAUUAUAUUGACUGGCCGCCUCACUCCCCCGAUCUCAACCCUAUAGAGCACGUU